ACUUAGCCAUGACAUGAAUGCGUUACACUUUGUGAACAUUAUACGAUAAAGAGAAAACAACAACAAUUCUAUCGCUUUAUUUGAUAUUCAUUCAGUCAUUGGCCUUUAUUUAACCAGGCAGGUCAUUAAGAACACAUUCUUAUUUACAAUGACGGCCUGGCAAGAGACAAGCACCACUUGGGGGAAAGGAAGUGGUUUAGGGAGUAAAACACAGUAAGAUUGUAGCUCUACAAAGGUAGAAAACCAUUAGGGCAUUUUUUGGCAAAGCAGCAAAAUAUGGCAGAACACCGGGACCUGUACGGGGUUUACCAUGCAUUCAUGCAGGGAUCCAUGCCCGGGCCGCCGGGACCUUUACGGGGUUUACCUGGGCAGAUGGACGGAGACAGCUCCACCACCGACGCCUCCCAGCUGGGCAUCACAGGGGAAUACAUGGCUUCCAGCCACUACGUUCUCCAGUCCCAAGAUGAUGAUGGAGAUGAAAACAUGAAUGAUCACGAUGACGGCAGCGUGAAAGAGAACUUCAGGGAGCAGGACAUAUAUCUUCCCAUCGCCAACGUGGCUCGCAUCAUGAAGAACGCCGUUCCUCAGACUGGAAAGAUUGCAAAAGAUGCAAAAGAGUGUGUGCAGGAGUGUGUGAGCGAGUUUAUCAGUUUCAUCACGUCGGAGGCGAGUGAGCGAUGCCACCAGGAGAAGAGGAAGACCAUAAACGGGGAGGAUAUCUUAUUUGCCAUGUCCACACUGGGCUUUGACAUGUAUGUGGAUCCACUGAAGCUCUACCUGCAGAAGUUCAGAGAGGCCAUGAAGGGAGAGAAGGGGAUUCCAGGGGUGCAGGUGGGGGAAAGCCUUGGCGAGGACCUCACAGAGGAGAGCUUCACAAACCCACUUCCAGCUGGGAUCAUCACAGCAGACGGCCAGCAGCAGAACGUCAUGGUGUACACCACCUCCUACCAACAGAUUCCCACGGUGCAGCAGAUCCAGUUCUCAUGACGAGGCCUUACCCCGAGUCCUAACACUUUGGCCCCACUGGAGGACGGUUUUGUGGGACGACCUCUGACCCCCCGCAGGGCGAAGGUCGUCAGUGGAACAGCACCUGGAGAAACCCUCAUACACAAGAGAAUCACUACCUGUUUUGUAGAAAGUGUAGUUUCUAGUUGUGAGGUACCAAAUGUUUUGGAGAACAUCCAAACCAGCUGGGAAAUUUGAGGCUUUUUUUUUUAAGUCUAGUCUUCUUAUAUCAUUUUGUGGUGGAAUUGUGUUGUACAUGUGCUAGCGUGUUUGCUUUUAUGUUUUCUUUGUUUCCUUUGAUUAGGGAGGGUAGGGUUCAUGGGGGGGAGGGGCUUUAAGGGUUAAUUUGGAAGAGCUCUGAGAUCAACGAGCCACAUUGUUACUGUCUGACUAUAUCAUGCAACUCUUUUUGUAACUUUAAACAAUUUACCAUGUGCUUUAAUGUUAUGGAAAUCCUUUGAAUAAAAAUUCAAAUGAUGCUUUAAA